AUGAUGGAUCCUAAAAACCGAAAUUCGACUAGAACACUUUCAUCACAAAAAUCAGGAUACCUGGUCUUUCAAAGCAAAUUGCAACCAAAGAUUCAGUUGCAAGAACAAGUUGAAGAGUCUCUCUUGAAACAGAUUGAAGUAACAAAGGAAAAAGCAAAAUUAUUGUAUGAUGAGAUAAUCAGUGUCAAAAAGCGCACCCAAGACACCAAUUUGCAAAGAGCAUCGGUCAACGUUGCAACCAUACCGCGAAAUUCAUGCAAAUUGAGACUAUAUAACACAUUAUGUGGGCAUCAAAACAAAGUUGCAAAGUUGUCUUGGAACUCAGACUCAACAAAAAUAUUAUCUGCAUCCCAGGACGGGUACAUGAUCCUUUGGGAUACAAUCACUGGAUAUAAAAAGCAAGCAAUUCAAUUAGAUAACCCCUGGGUUCUUACCUCUAGCAUAUCACCCAAUGAAAAAUUAGUGGCCUCUGCCGGAUUGGACAACAAUUGUACAAUAUAUAAGAUCAAGUCUGAUACCUCGAACAAUCCAGUUCUGGUGCAACAACAAUUUCGAAGCAAUGCUUUCCCUAUGCAGACUGGAUUUUUUCAAUCUGUUCAGUCGAUUUUCAAGGGCCAUACGGCAUACAUUUCUGAAUGCGAGUUCAUUGGCAAUAAUUCCAUUGUGACCGGCAGUGGUGAUAUGACAUGUAUGUUGUGGGACAUAACAAAGGGAUCUAAAUCCCGUGACUUCAUUGAUCAUGUAGGGGACGUUUUAUGUCUUACCGUGUUUCCAGCUAACAUCUUACUGGAUAAUCUCUUUAUCAGUGGCUCUUCAGACGGGUAUGCCAAGGUUUGGGAUUUGAGACUGCCUACACCAACACAAAGUUUCAGUAUCUCUUAUAGCGAUGUCAAUUGUGUCAGAGUAUUCCCCGACGGAAAUGCAUUUGCUGUCGGAUCAGACGACGGACAAAUAAGAUUGAUUGAUUUGAGGAGUGAUUGUGAACUUGCUCAUUAUUCAUUGAAUCUGGAAAUCCGAAACAUGCAAGCUUUACAUGAGAAAGGCAUGGGACAGAUAUCACCUACAAUGCCCUUGGAUAGAAAGACAUACACAUUUGGAAAUAGCUAUUCAAUGUUAACUCCUUCAAGCGCUCCCGUUAAUGCAUCUUUAGCUUCAAGCGAUGGACUAAGCAUAAGCUCUAGGAAUUCGACCUUGGAAAGCUCUGGUGUGCUUUCCCUAGAUUUUGGAAAGAGUGGGAGAUUGUUGUACUCCUGCUACUCAGACCACGGGUGCGUUGUGUGGGACACUUUGAAAAAUGAAAUUAUUGGCACUUUAGGGAGCGAGCAUUUGAACAAAAUAAACAGGGUGGCUGUGAGCCCUGAUGGAGUUGCAUUGGUAACUGGCUCUUGGGAUUCAACAAUUAAAGUUUGGAGCGUAUAG